UUCACCGUUCGUCCCACGCCUCCCGGCCUGGCUAUGUGAAUCCCACACCAUGACACAGAUAAGGUUAUUGUUUCCAGUACUGAAGUUUAGACCCUUCGAACAACCGCCAUGAGCAACCCGCUGGCCGAGUAUCUGUCAGCCCUCGAGGCACGCGAUGCCCGGGAGAAGGCGCAUGAGGAGUAUAUCAAUGCCUAUACCAAGCUUGCCGACCGCACAGCAGCGCUCGCAAAGCAGCCGCCGGCUUCUACAGAACAACCGGCGCCCUCCCCAAGCCUAUCCACCAAGUCCAUCCGUCCAGGAACACCCAAAGGCAAAGUAGCGUUGGCACCACAAGACACUUCCUCACCCAGCCACCUCGCCCAAAUCCGUGCGGAGCUAGCCUCCACCCAAAGAACCCGCAGCGAGCUAGAGAGCAAGCUCUCCAACCUGACCACGGAGCUCUCGGCCCUCAAAGCCGCCGACUUGGAGCAGAAGAAGCGCCUCACUCAGCUAGAAAAGAUGAAAGAGAACCUAGAAAGGAGGGUCAAGGAUCGGGCUGAGGAGCUGAAAGGCAAGGGGCGCUUUGUGGAGGAAGUGCAGGAUGAGAUGGUGGCGCUCAAUCUGCAGCUUAAUAUUGCAGAACAGGAGAAAGAGAAGCUGAAGAAAGAGAAUGAGGAGCUCACGCGGAGGUGGGUGCAGAAGAUGGAGGAAGAGGCGAAGGCUAUGAAUAGUAAGAUGGGGUGGGAGGACGGCAGGAGGAGGAAGUGAUCUUUACAUGCUUACCGUUUCUAGUGUGUAGACUUUGAAAAUAAGACGACGAAGAUGAAUGCUAGCACUGGUUAGAUCGCUACAGAAGCUUUAGUAGACACAACUGCUUCAAAG